AAAUGUUGCUUAGCAACGAGAAGAUUGCAGAAAGCUUGAGGGGAAUGAGGAAGUAAAACAUUUUGUCUGCGUGUCAGUGUGGUGAUUUUUCAUCGUUAUUCGUUCAGAUAUAUUUACGAAAAGAAUUAUCCGUUUUAUUUUCUUAAAAUAUCGACAUGGCUCUGCUAAAUUUUACUGGAAGAGUUGCAGUUGUAACUGGAGCUGGAGGUGGUCUUGGAAGGCAUUAUGCUUUGGAAUUGGCUGAAAGAGGUGCAUCUGUUGUAGUUAAUGAUUUGGGUGGAGAUCGGGCAGGACAAGGCAAAGGUAGUUUGGCUGCUGAUAAAGUAGUCCAAGAAAUUCGCAAGAAGGGAGGAAAAGCUAUUCCAGACUACAAUUCUGUAGAAGAGGGUGACAAAAUUGUUGCUACUGCAAUAAAAAAUUUUGGGAGAAUAGAUAUUCUUAUAAAUAAUGCUGGAAUCUUAAGAGACAAAUCUUUUUUAAAUAUGACAAUUGAAGAAUGGGACAUGGUUCAUCGUGUACACUUAAGAGGAGCAUUUCUUAUUACAAAAGCGGCUUGGCCAUAUUUUCGAAAACAGAACUAUGGAAAAGUAAUAAUGACUGCUUCUUCAGCAGGAAUCUAUGGAAAUUUUGGUCAAGCAAAUUACAGUUCUGCCAAACUUGGUCUUGUUGGCCUUAGCAAAACAUUAGCAAUAGAAGGUGCUAAAUAUGGAAUACAUUGUAAUACAAUUAUACCUGUAGCUGCAUCACGUCUUACUGAAGAUGUAUUACCUGAAGAAUUAUUUACACAAUUAAAACCUGAAUUAGUAAGUCCAGUUGUAACUUGGCUUUGUCAUGAGACUUGUCUAGAAAAUGGUGGAGUAUUUGAAGCAGCAGGAGGUUGGAUAGGAAAAUUUCAGUGGCAGCGAUCCAUUGGUAAAGCAUUUCAGUCUGGUUCUCUUACUCCAGAAAAUGUUCGUGAUAAUUGGAAGGAAAUAACUGAUUUGAAUGGAGCAACUUCUCCUCUUACUGUGCAAGAGGAAAUGCAGGAAUUAAUAGAAGCUAUGACUGGUCAACUUCAAGUAAAGCAUUCUUCAAGUGCAAAUGGAGCAAAAUAUACUUAUACUCCUGAUAGUGCUAUACUUUAUGCAUUGGGCAUUGGUGUUUCUUCAAAACAAGAUGAUUAUCUUAAUUUUUUAUAUGAAGGAAGUGAAAAUUUUUCUGUGCUUCCUACAUUUGGUAUUUUACCAGGAAUGUGUGCAGUUUUUGAUUUUACACCCUUUCAAGAAGAAAUGCAGAGACUUAAUGCUGAUCCCACAAAAAUGCUUCAUGGAGAACAAUACUUAGAACUUUAUCAGCCUUUGAAUCCUGCUGGUACAUUAUAUUCAACAUGUCGAUUAGUGGAUACUAUAGAUAAGGGAAGUGGUGCUGUGAUUGUUGCAGAUGUUGAUACAUUUAAUGAAAAUGGGGAAAAAGUUGCUUACAACCAGUGGGUUGUAUUUCUUGUUGGUGCUGGAAAUUUUGGAGGGAAGCGUAAUUCAGAAAAGAUCAAAGCAGUUUUGCCAACACCAAAUAGACCUGCUGAUUCAGUUAUUGAAGAAACUACACAUAUUGAUCAGGCAGCUUUAUAUCGACUCUCUGGGGAUAAAAAUCCAAUACAUAUUGAUCCUGUUUUUGCAAGUUUAGGUGGCUAUUCUAAACCAAUUAUGCAUGGUUUAUGCUCACUUGGAUUUGCUGCACGUCAUGUUCUUAAACAGUAUGCCAAUAAUGAUGUGAAAAAAUUUAAAGCAAUAAAGGCAAGAUUUGCACGUCCAAUUGAACCAGGGCAAACAAUAAGGACUGAAAUGUGGAAUGAAGGAGGGAGAGUAUACUUUCAAUCAUCGGUUGCAGAAACCAAUAAACCUCUUUUAUCUGGAGGAUAUGUAGAUUUUGUAACUGCAUUACCAACUGAAGUUCCAAAAUCUAAUGUGACUCUAAAAAGUGAUGCUGUUUUCCUGGAAAUUGGACGAAGAUUGCAAGGUAUGCCUGAAUUAGCUUCAAAAAUAAAAGCAAUAUAUCAAUGGAAUAUUUUAAAGAACGGACAAAAAGCUUCUCAAUGGAUUGUAGAUCUAAAAAAUGGACAAGGUUCAGUGUACAGGGGAGAAGCAAAAAAUGAAAAACCAGGUUGUGUAUUGACUUUAGAUGAUGAUGAUAUUAUUUCCUUAGCUUCUGGAAAAAUGGAUGCACAGAAAGCUUUUAUGACAGGAAAAUUGAAAAUUUCUGGAAAUUUAUUUCUGGCUGAAAAAUUACGUCCACUUCUAAAUGGUCGAACCAAUAAUAAUCAAAAUAACAAAAAUAAUAAUCCUUCAAAUGAUGAUAAUUCAAAGAAAAAUCCUCAACUGAAAAGUGACCAGAUAUUUAUGGGAAUGAGAGAUUUGAUUAAAUCUAAUCCUGAUCUAAGUAAAAGAAUUCAAAAAAUAUAUCAAUGGAACAUAAACAAAGAUGGUAAAUUAGCAUCACAAUGGACAUUAGAUUUAAAAACUGACAGUGGUGACUUAUAUAGAGGUGUACCUAAAAGUGGAAAAGCUAAUUGUACUCUUAUCCUGGAGGAUGACUUAUUUGCAGAUAUUUCAAAUGGAAAAGUUGAUCCUCAAAAGGCAUUUAUGUCAGGAAAAUUUAAAAUUCAGGGUGAAAUUUUAGCAACACAACGAUUACAAGACGUAUGGAAAUCAUCUCCUCCAGUUCAAAAGAAACCUGUUCCAACAGAAAAAGUAGAAAUAAAUAAGUCAGAAAAUUCAACUAUUGAAGAGCCUCCUUCCUAUCUGAAAGCAGAUAUUUUGUUUGGUAUCUUUGCUGAACGCUUGCAUGAAGAACCAGAUUUAGCGAAAAAAAUGAAAAUGGUUUAUCAUUGGACCAUUUUAAAAGAUAAAAAGAAAGCUACAGAAUGGACUAUUGAUCUUAAGACUGAAAAGGGUGCGAUUUAUAAAGGACCACCAAAAACCAAACCAGAUGUAACUUUAAUUGCAGAGGAUGAAGAUUUAAUUAUGCUUUUAUUAGGAAAAUUAAAUCCUCAGAGAGCUUUUAUGACUGGAAGAUUGAGAAUUAAAGGAAAUAUUAUGCUAACACAAAAAUUGCAUCAAUUAUGGCAAGAAAUUCUGAAGAGUAAAAAGGCUGCAGAAUUGCCAGUCCUUGCAUCCAUCUUUGCAGACAAGCCUCUUGAUACAAGUUUAAAAAGUGAGGGCUACAUAGUAUCAUUUGCCAAAAAGAUAUCAAAAAUGACUAAUUUACAAACCAGAAUUGGAUCAAUUUUUGAAUUAAAUAUUACUAAAAAUAAACAACCAGUUAAACAGUGGACUCUUGAUUUAAAAAGUAGUCAGCUUGAUUUAUAUCGCGGAAAACCAAAAAGUGGCAAAUCAAACAGUACAAUUACUUUGGAAGACAAUACAUUUGCAGAAUGGGUAACAGAAAAGUUACCAGGACAAACAAUUAUCCAGAAUAACUUAGUUGGAAUAUCUGGAGAUAAAGCUGCAGCAGAAAAAUUAUUGAAUAUUUUUUCAGCAAAAUCAAAGUUAUAAAAUUCAAAUUAUUUUAAAAAUGAUCAGGGAAAGGAUGACCUCUAAUCUUCAGUCUUCUGUAUUUGUAAGAGAGAAUGCAAUCAAAACAGAUGGCUGCUCUAUUAAAUAACAAGUUAAUUAAUCUAUAUUUUAAAUGCAGGUUUAUAUUUUAAUUUAUUAAUUUAUAAAAAUGAUCAUAUUUGAUCAUUUUUAUAAAUUAAUAAAUUAUAUAUAUAUAUAUAUAUAUAUGUAUGAUUAUUUUUUAUGCUUAAUUUUUAUUUUAUUAUGAUGGUAAUUAAAAACAACAAAAAUAUAGUCUUAGUAAAUGUAACAUGGAGUUUGAGAUAGUUACUUAAUUUUUAUCUCAAUUUUAAAAAGAUUAAAAUUUAUAGAUUUAGUCAAUCAUUUUUAUACAUGACUAUAAACAAUUAUUUUUUUAUAUACCGUGUGAAUGAUACGAAGUACAAUAUCUUUUAUACAAUAUUUGUAUUUGAAAAAUUUGACUCUUGUAUUUAUCCUUUGAUAAGGAAAAGUCUUAUAAUACCUCCUACUGUACAAACUAUUAAACUGUUAUGUAUCAUAUAGAUUCAGAUAAGGUAUUAAAUGUUUAAUAAUUAAUAUAUAUAAUAAAAAUUUGUCUAUUA